AUGAUGGAAGGACUGCUGUCAAGAAUCCCUAAUGUGGCUGUGUACCUGGACGACAUCCUGCUGACGGGCCUGAGUGACCAUGAGCAUCUGGAGACGUUAAAUGAGGUUCUGAGGCGGCUACAAGAGGCAGGUCUUCGAUUGAAACGCAAUAAAUGUGCCUUCUUGGAGCGAGAGGCGGAAUUCCUGGGGCACAAAGUGGAUUCUGCGGGGCUCCAUCCCCUGCCAAACAAGGUAAAGGCCGUCGGACAAGCACCUGCACCCAAAAAUGUCACAGAAUUGAAGUCGUACUUAGGUUUACUUAACUACUACAACAGAUUCUUACCAAACCUGUCAACGUUGCUGGCGCCCUUACAUAAACUGUUGAGAAAGGAUACACCGUGGUGUUGGAAGGAGGAGCAAGAGAGGGCUUUUGGGGAGUCUAAGAAACUCUUGCAGUCGUCAAAGGUCUUAGUGCAUUAUGACAGCCAGAAAGACUUAUUAUUGGCCUGCGAUGCGCCGCCUUAUGGUGUGGGGGCGGUGUUGUCACAUCGUAUGUCAGACGGGCAAGAGCGACCUAUUGGUUUCAUGUCACGGACACUCACGCCAGCCGAAUCAAACUACUCACAACUGGACAAGGAAGGACUGGCAGUGAUGUUCGGCAUUCAGCGUUUCCAUAAGUACUUGUAUGGAAGGAGGUUUGUCAUUUCCACAGACCACAAACCACUAUUGUCACUUUUCAAUGAGUUGAAAGCUGUGCCUCAAAUGGCAUCCCCUCGCAUCCAAAGGUGGGCGGUGACUUUGAGAGCAUAUGAAUAUGAGAUUGUCUACAAGCCAGGGAAAUAUCACGGCAACGCAGACGCGCUGAGCCGACUGCCCCUGCCUCAGCCAUCGACAGAGAAAGUGCAAGAGGAUCGAGUGCUGAUGAUGGAGGACGCGUUGCUGGUAUCAGCAACCGAAGUGAGCCAGUGGACACGUAAAGACCCUGUGUUGUCCCGAGUUCGGCAGUUCAUUCAACAUAGUUGGCCGUCACAACAGUCAGACCCAGCAUUCUAA